UUUUGAGCACUCUCUUAACAAGAUUAUGGUGCUUUUUGUGUUUGAAUUGAAAGUGUGUAUUUGAUUGAUGAGGCCAAGUUCUUCUCUUUGUUCGACUUCUGGUGAUGCUCGAAUUCCUUGGCUUCGGUAGGUAAUUUUAAUGCGGAACUAGUUGAGAACCCGGAGACACAAGUAGAACGAAGAAAAGGCUAAGUGCUUUACUACAUAUAAUAGCAAGUUGCAUAUUUAUGGUUCUUAAUACCUUAAAACGAUACUAUGGAAAAACAGAAAUGAUGGGAAAAUAUUAAAUUUCGUGGGUGGGGAAUCUAUCUGUCUUGUUGAUUCCCAAAACCCAGAAUGCCAGCUAUCUAUAGCGAGUAAUGACUGUCCUCGUGACUCCCACUAUCCCAAUUCUAGGAUCUUUUUUUUUCCUGUUAGAUUUAUGUUCUUUCUGAUGGAAAUUAAUUGAAGGGUUAUAAGUAGGUUCAUUUUGUUCAAAUGAAUUGGCUAUCAAAAUCAUCAAUGACAAUGACAAUGCUAUUGGUAUUAUUCAUCCUGGCUAUGCUUCUACUUCUGUUUGUGCAUGCAGUGAAUUCAGCAAACUUCAGUGAGAUUUUCCAGCCAAACUGGGCACCUGAUCACAUUGUCAUUCAAGGGGAUCAAAUUUCAUUGUCUCUUGACAACACUACCGGUUGUGGAUUUGAGUCCAAGAAAAAGUAUCUAUUUGGGAAAGCCACUACUCAACUCAAACUAGUUAAGGGCAAUUCAGCUGGAACCGUUAUUGCAUUCUACAUGGCAUCGGAGGGGAGUAACCACGAUGAGCUAGACUUUGAGUUUCUUGGCAAUGUUUCGGGAGAACCAUACCUCGUACAGACAAAUAUAUACAUUAACGGCAGUGGAAAUCGAGAGCAGAGGCACAGUCUAUGGUUCGACCCGACCAUGGACUUCCACACUUACUCUUUCUUCUGGAACCAACGCUCCAUCUUAUUUCUUGUGGAUGAUAUUCCGAUUCGAGAAUUUUCAAACAAGGAGAAAAAAGGGGUCCCAUAUCCGAAAAAUCGACCAAUGGGAAUUCAUGGAUCAUUAUGGAAUGCUGAUGAUUGGGCUACACAAGGAGGAAGGGUGAAAACUAAUUGGAGCUAUUCCCCUUUUAUUGCAACUUUUCAGUCGUUUGAUAUUGAUGCAUGUGAAUUAUCACCAGAUGAAGUAGAUAAUCCCUUGGUGAAAUGUGGAAAAUUGAGGCAAUUCUGGUGGGAUAAGCCUGUCAUGAAGGGGUUGAAGCAGCAGAGGAAAAGGCAAUUAAAUUGGGUUCGCAACAAGUUCUUGGUGUAUGAUUAUUGCAAUGAUACGGCUCGAUUUUCUGAGAUGCCAAAAGAGUGCCUUUUUGUUUAGAUUAAGCUCUCCAUGCACGGUUUGAUUUUCUUCAAGAAGAAGAUAUAUAUAGACUUUUCACUGCUAAAAACGGCGUUUACAAAGAUAGAAUUUCAUCGACAAACAUUGUCCAUGGCUAUAAGCAUUGGAAUGUUGAUGAAUAUUUUACUUCUCAUUUCCUAGGCAAAUAAAAUUAUCAGCGGACUAAAACCAUCAUUUGUCGUCGAAC